AUGGGGGGAUCUUCGCCUCCAUUCCUUUACGGUGCGCCGUCGGCCUACAGCUUCCAUGGCCCGACAGACCAUCCUUUCAAUCCCAAGGCCGUGACCCAAGCGAGCUGGACUCGUCCGAAGUCAAAGCCGCAGCCCAAAGGCCCGUUAGUCAACUUCAAUAGACAUCCUGAUUCGCUAGGAUUUCGCGUCUUGAUGUUGCUGGGGGCCCUUGGAUCUCUGUUUUGCGCCAUUGUCAUCAAGAACGCGGCCGUCAGCGUCAUAUGGAUUGUUCGCGUCGGACCCGCCGUAGCAAUCUUGCACACUCUUUACGGCAUCUAUCACCUUUGUCGCUCCGCCGUCUCCAGACCUCCCGGUUCCCAGGCUAGUUACAUGGUGUUCGCUUCGACUUUGGACCUAGGACUUAUCCCAUUCUAUGUCUUUACCGCAUUCCUCGCAUACAAACAAUAUACUGAGGACGAAUAUCACUGGACCACCAUGCUCAGCUCUGACUUCGAUAUCACGACCAAGAUUUCUCAAGUCACCUUCUUUCUGAGCGUGGUCAACGGCGGCUUCCAUCUCAUCUCCUUGGGGAUCUGCAUCUACCUUGGAGUCGUCUUUCGCAAAAUCACCAAACUGCCACCGGACAUGAAUCCCUUGGAAGACAAUCUGACAGCCCGUCCUCAUAAGCGUACCAAGUCCGAGCUUGCUGAAAAGCAUGCUAGCCAGUCUACCCUGGACUCCGCAAUGUCCGAAGAUCCGCUUAUGGGGCCGCCUCGGAAAAUGGCGUUCAUGCACACUCGAGGUCAGUCCUCGGAGAGCGGUUCUAUCAUGACGGAGAAGAGACACUCUCAGCUGUCCGAGCCUUCGAAUCGCCUGUCGCGUAUGGUGUCCCCUAUGCCGCCAAUGCCUUUCGAAAAUCAGGCCGACCCCACAGAUUACAUGACAGAGCAGGUUCCGGAGCACAACCUUGACGUCUUCGCAAGACCUACAUCGAGUGUGCCGUAUGGAGCUCCCGUGCGCGAACCCUCGCCCGACUUCCCGAACAGAUCCCAGUGUGUGAGUCCUGCGUCAGAUAACUGGGUCACGUAUUCCGACCGGUCCCCUUCCCCGGUAGAUGUGGUUCCGAACGAGAAUCAGGCCCAUGCCCCUCGAGACCCAUCGUCCGUCUACAGCCGAGGAACCGCCUCCGGUGGAUCGAAUGGUGGAGUCGCGGACUGGACGAACCCCGGACAGCGUAAUGGAUGGAACGUUGGUGAGACAAUUCAAGAAGACGCUCAUGGAGAAUACGAAUCCCUCCCCGUUCACGAAUACUACGGCCACGACGACUACCCGAAUGACACCCGCCAGCCAACUCGCUUCUACGAUACCGCCGAACAAGACAUCGGAGACCACAACAUCCACAUAUUCCAAGACCAUGCAGACCACGACGAUCUCUACGAUGACCACCACGACUCUGACCUUCGCGUCAACCCGCUGGCUCUCAACCCGCCCACCCCACAGCCCAUCUUCGAUGAAAUACCCGACCACCCGCACAAUGUUUCAGCUCGCAUGGCGCUCACCGAAGUCCCGAACCUCUCCCCUACACCUCCCGUCUCCGUCCCCGCCAGCGACAACAUUCCCGCAAAGAACAACCGCUUCUACGGCGAGCUCGAAGAAAACAACACCUUCGGGCUAAACAUCCCGCGCAACGUCAGCGACCACAGAGCCCCAACCUCCCCAACCUCCCCCACCGCAUCCCACGGCCUCUGGGGCAAGAAGACGAAGAGUCCGAAGCCCAAAUCCCCCAAGGUCAACGCCUACGGCGCCCUCAAGCAACACGACGACGAAACCGAUCCCGUCACCGGUGAACCCCUCGCACUGCCCUCUGAUUCUCUCGGCACACCCGACGGCGACCGCAAAGGCCGCGUCGUCAGCAACUCCGGCGCCGACUUCGGUCGUCGUGUCGGUCAGGGAGCCUCGUUGUCGUAUGGCAACUAUAUUGCAGGUCUAGGCGUGGGCCGAAGACGCGACGUGAGCGGGAAAAUGGCUGAAGAAGGACGAGGCGGCGUGGCGCAGUCGAAUCCUAGCAAUAACGAUGCUUCGACGCCUCGCGCUGCCGGAUGGGCUCGAUUUGCUGGUCUUUGA